AUGAAACCUAAGCAAAUAAAGCAGGACCCGCUGGCCUCCUCGUCCGGCGUAACGGUCAAGCCCGUGGAGUACCGGUGUCCCAACCCGAACUGCAAUAGCGUCUAUAAGUGGAAGAAUAACUUAACCAAGCACAUGAAUUACGAGUGUGGGAAGCCUCCGCGGUACAUGUGCUCCCAUUGCAAUUAUCAGUCGCCCUGGAAGAGCUACGUGUUGAAUCACGCCGCUAGCCGGCAUCCCACCGAUCAAAUAAACGUCAUCGAGCUGAGCAUCACCACCAAGAAGCAAACCGGGAACUUUGUCUGUCCUAAUCCCCAUUGCACCAGAGUCUACAAGUACAAGGCGGACCUCACUCGGCACAUCAAUUAUCAGUGCCAAAAACCGCCGAGGUACAAGUGUCCGUACUGCCCCAAGGAGUCCAAUUGGAGUGGUGGAAUUAAAAAACAUAUUCGUAGUUUUCAUCCUCAGCAGAACUAUCAUGUACUUACUCAUUCUUAA